AAUGAAUGAUAAUUUUUUUUUAAAUAUGAGGUAAUUAAAAGCUACAAAAUCUUAAUACAUAAAAAUGGAUGAACCUUUGUUCAAAAAAUUAAAAACUGAAGAGUCUCAUGAAGAUAAAAUGGAUGAACAUUUGUUUAAAAAAUUAAAAACUGAAGAGUCUCACGAAGAUAAAAUGGAUGAAUCUUUUUUUAAAAAAUUAAAAGCUGAAGACUCUCAUGAAGAUAAAAUGAAUGAACCUUUGUUAAAAAAAUUAAAAACUGACGAGUCUCAUGAAGAUCGAAUAUCUACACAUGAUAAUAAUAAGUUUGUAGAUAAUCAAGAUGGUAACAACAACAGUCAUCAGACUUUUUUAAAUGAACAAAAUGAAACCAAUAUUAAAAAAUCAAAAAAGUCUAUAAAUAUUUACGAUCGAAAAAAUGAAGAAAAAGUUGGCAUGCUACAUUUUGUUAAUCAACCAUGUCAGUUUUCUGGAAUAAUAAAACAAAGGUUUGCAGAUUUUAUGGUAAGAGAAUGUGAUUUAGAAGGAAAUCUUGUUUACUUGAAGUCCUUGGAACAUUGUGAUAAUGGAAUAUUUGAAGAUAGUUCAAAUCAAAAUACUGUAGUUCCAGUUGAUGUUGAUGUUGAACAAAUAAAAAAUUUUGUGUUGAGCGAAGAUAAAUCUAAAACAUUAAUUCUGAAGAAAGACGAUGACAAAGAACAUCGCAAGCUUGUCCACAAAUACAUUAAGGACACAUAUAAAGAUAUAGAAACUGGUACUGAAAUGUUACCUGAUGGUUCCCGUGCAAUUAUACUUUCUUUUAAAUGUGCUAAACAGCAAAAAAGUCGCAAAAAUAACACAUGGCCAAAAAACCUACCAAAGUUCUGUCAUUUUACACUAUUUAAACAAAACAAGGAUACCAUGGAAUGUAUCAGCUUGCUUGCAAAGUUACUGCAUGUAAAUGCUAGCUGUUUUUCAUAUGCUGGAACAAAAGACCGUCGUGCUACAACUGUUCAACAAAUUUCUGCUCAAAAUAUAUAUUCAAAAAACCUUUUAGGAGUUAACAAACGCUUGAACAAUAUUGUUUUAGGUGACUUUGUUUAUCGUAAUGAACAAUUAAAAUUAGGUGAUUUGACAGGCAAUGAAUUCACAAUCAUUAUACGGAAUGUUCAAGCUGAUGACGCUUCUGUAAACCAAGCAUGCAAUUUGUUGAAAGAAAAUGGCUUUGUGAAUUAUUUUGGUCUACAAAGGUUUGGUACUGGAGGUGUUGCUACCCAUGAAAUUGGUAAAGCUCUUUUAAAAAAUAACUUCUCAGAAGCAGUAGAUAUGGUUCUUAUGCCUCGACUAGAUUCCAAUGAUUAUAAUGCUGAAUCAAAUGCAAAAAAAAUAUGGACAGAAACAAAAGAUGCUGCAAAAGCAUUUGAAGCAUUGCUGAGUUGCUAUUCAAUAGAAGGAAAAUUAUUAGCAGCAUUAAACCAACAGAAACAUGGAUACAAUUUUUGGAAUGCAUGGCAGACUCUUCCACGUAAUAAUCGCCUUCUUUAUCUUCACAGCUACCAAAGUUUUAUUUGGAAUCAUGUGGUUUCUAAAAGAAUAAAUAUGUAUGGUUUAUCACCGGUUGUUGGUGAUUUGGUUCUUACUGGAAAAAAAGAUCAAAAUGGCUAUGACACUUCUUAUGAACUUACAGACAAAGAUAUUGAAUCAUUAACAUAUAGUAUAUAUGAUGUAGUUUUGCCUUUACCUGGUUAUGACAUGAGAUAUCCAUCUAACGGCAUUCGUCAAGUUUAUGAAGAAAUGCUAGUGGCUGAUGGUUUAGACAUUAACAAUAUGCGAAAUAAGAUUAAGGAACUGUCGCUCUCAGGAAAAUUACGAAAUAUAAUAGCGAAGCCAACUAAUAUGGAAUGGCGUGUUAUUCCUUAUGACGAUUACCAGAUUCCACUUUUGUCUAACGAUUACGAACUUUUAACAGGUAAAGAGCACCCCAAAAGUAUUGAGGGAAAAAAUAAGGCGGUCAUGUUACGCUUUACAUUGCCCGCAUCUUCCUAUGCAACAUCUGCUUUACGCGAGGUUCUUUCGUCAGAGUCGUCGUUCGAAGUACAAUGUAAUUUAAAUUCAGCUGGCUUUGAAAAUCCAUCAAGUUAAUUUGUAAACCUUAAAUGUAUAACAUCGAACAAAAAUUGAAAAAGUUGAAAAUAAGAGAUAAAAUAUUUAAAUAAAAAAAACUUAAUUA